UGUCAUACAAUGUUGUACAAACAAAAUGUCGAUAAACGGGAAAUGUACGUAUAAAAUGUAUACGUGGAGAAACGUUCAAUUUUCGGUGGUUUCUGAGUGAAGGUUAUAGGUGGAAGAAUUUACGGUGAUCCUUGUAAUUUUCGAAUAUUUUUGUUUGUUAUUUUAGAGCUCGAAAAACUGAAUUCGCAACGUCUACUCUGAGACCCUCGCCAACCGUUUGUGGAACGUCAAUUGACCUUUGGAUAAAACUUUGCCCUUCUGGCUGAGCCAUGUCGGAUUCGGAAGGAAGUAAUUAUUCGGAUAAUGAGAGUCAGCGACCUGGUCGCCGCCGCAUAAUCAACAGUGACAGCGAAGGAGAAAAUCAUUCAGCGAAGAGUGUUUCCAGAUCCCGAUCAAGGUCCAAAUCCAAAUCUAGAUCCAGAUCAAGGUCCCCAACAAGGUCCAGAUCAGUGUCAAGAUCACGAUCAAGGUCGGGAUCUAGAAGUCGUUCAAGAUCAAGGUCAAAAUCUCGUUCCCGUUCUCGUUCACGCUCCCGUUCUCGAUCCAGAUCCAGAUCACCAUCUGUUGCGGAAGCCGAAGAAGCAAGAUCAGAUGAAGAAGAUGUAGAGGCUGAGGAAGAACCAGAGGGAGAAGAUUUGGCCGACAGCGAAUAUGACGAAGAAGAAGAUGAAGACGAUGACCGACCAAGAAAAAAGAAAAAGAAGGAAAAAUGCGGUGGUUUUAUCAUUCACGAGGCUGAGGUCGAUGAUGAAGUCGACGAUGAUGAGGAGUGGGAAGAGGGUGCCCAGGAACAUGGAAUUGUCAGUAACGAAAUUGACGAACUCGGACCUACGGCUCGAGAAAUUGAAGGGAGGAGAAGAGGAACCAACCUUUGGGAUUCCCAGAAAGAAGAUGAAAUCGAAGAGUAUCUUCGAAAGAAAUAUGCCGACGAGUCCAUGGCUAUACGUCACUUUGGUGAUGGUGGCGAAGAGAUGGGUGAUGAAAUCACUCAGCAAACUUUACUUCCUGGUGUCAAAGACCCAAAUCUCUGGUUGGUCAAGUGCCGCAUCGGCGAAGAAAAAGCAACAGCCCUUUUACUGAUGCGAAAGUACUUGACAUACCAAUUUGCCGAUGAGCCUCUUCAAAUAAAGUCAGUUGUCGCUCCCGAGAAUGUGAAGGGUUACAUCUACAUCGAGGCGUACAAACAGCCUCACGUCAAAUCUGCAAUCGACAACCCAACCCUGUCCGAAUUGGAGAAAUUUGAGGAAGCGCCUGAAGGAAUUGAUAUUGAAUUGAGUGGGGCACCGGUUACUGGCGUGGCUGGUAAAGAAGAUGUGGCUGUGACGCAUUCUUUCAGCAAUGGCGACAAUGUGGAAGUUUGUGAAGGAGAAUUGAUGAAUCUCCAGGGAAAGAUUGUUUCCAUUGAUGGAAACAUGAUCAUGGUUAUGCCCAAGCACGAUGAACUGAAUGAAGCUCUUGAAUUUCCAGCCAAUGAAUUGCGGAAGUAUUUUACUAUGGGUGACCAUGCUAAGGUGCUUGCCGGUCGUUAUGAGGGCGACACAGGGUUGAUAGUGCGCGUGGAGCAGAAUCGGGUAAUUCUUUUCUCAGAUCUUUCAAUGCACGAACUGGAAGUUCUUCCCAGAGAUUUGCAACUUUGUACUGACAUGGCCACCGGAGUCGACAGUAUGGGCCAGUUCCAGUGGGGAGAUCUUGUGCAACUUGAUGCCCAGACGGUCGGAGUGAUCGUUCGACUCGAGCGUGAAAACUUUCACGUGCUUUCCAUGCAUGACAAGGUCGUGGAGGCCAGACCCCAGGGUCUCACAAAACGUCGGGAGAAUCGACACGCGGUGGCUCUCGAUGCCGAACAAAAUCCUAUCACGAAAAGAUGCGUGGUGACAGUGCGUGAUGGAAAAUACUCAGGACUUGGUGGAGAAAUUAAGCAUCUCUACAGAAGUUUUGCGUUUUUGCACUCAAGGAAACAUGUCGAUAAUGGAGGUAUCUUUGUUUGUAAAACUAGACACUUGGAGCUCGUUGGUGGAAACAAGGCAACGCCCCAGGCGGCUGUUGCACACACAAAUGCGUACAUGUCGCCAAGAAUCUCUUCUCCGAUGCAUACUAGCAGCGGUGGUUUUGGAAGAGGUGCAGGUGCUGGUGCCGGCAGAGGAAGAGGUCGAGGAGGAGGAGGUGGAGGAGGAGCUGCAAGGCGUGAUCGAGAAUUGAUCGGCACGACGAUAAAGAUCACUGGAGGAUCUUACAAAGGCAACGUCGGUAUCGUCAAGGACGCCACGGAGACUACUGCCAGGAUUGAACUUCAUUCGACUUGUCAAACAAUUUCCGUUGACAGGUCUCACAUUGCCAAUGUGGGGAUUCCGACGAAAGAAGGUGGAUUCAGCAGCUACAGUAGAACUCCAGCCUACGCUGCUGGAAAUCAAACCCCGAUGUACGGCAGAGACGGUUCCAAGACUCCUAUGCAUGGCUCUCAGACUCCCAUGCACGGAUCUCAGACACCCAUGUACGAAACUGGUUCGCGUACGCCUCAUUACGGUUCCAUGACGCCGUCGCACGAUUACAAAUUUAACUCCUCGGGAACUGGUUACUCUGCUAGUCCUCAUGGACCUUUUGCCACUCCCUCACCCGCCGGAUACAGUCCCAUGACUCCUGGUGUAGCGGGAAGUCCGUAUAAUCCACACACUCCUGGAUCCGGUAUAGAUAUGGGAGGGUCUGGAUUGAUGGGUUCAGAGUGGUGUACCACUGAUAUUGAGAUUCGAAUUCGCGACACCCAUCCAGAUUUCGGUCUUGCUGGGCAAAACGGGAUCAUUAGAGGAAUUUCGGGUGGUAUGUGUGCCAUCUUUUUGCCGGACGAGGACCGUACCGUGAAUAUAGAAUGCGAUCAGCUAGAACCUGUCGUUCCAAAACGAAACGACCGUGUAAAAGUUAUUUUAGGAGAAGAUCGAGAGUCAGUCGGAGUGCUACUAUCAAUCGAUAAUCAAGAGGGAGUUGUGAAAAUAAACAACGAAGAAGUCAAGAUGUUACAGCUACGAUUCCUCUGUAAAAUGAAACCCUGAGCUUCUUAGGCCUUCAAUUUAUAAUUCCAUUUCGUAACUUCAAACUUCAGUAUUUAUUCGUCUCAUACUAGUAUUGCCGUUAUCAUUUCUAUUUCGUAUGGAGAAAUAUUGACUAGGAUAAUUUUGUUUAUUGAUAAUUAUAUCAAGACUCUCGAGAGAGCCUGAAUUUAACGAAAAGUGUGAGAGAUUUAAAAUAUAGGUAUAAAUACGAAGUUUA